UGAUUUUUCCGAGUGCAGGUGGCAUAUUUGUAACUUUAGUGUCUGUUCUCAUGUGUGGGGAAUAUUGCGGUAAAAAGUUUAACCUUAAAUUAUUAUUUGAGGGGUGACAAACACAUUGUUUUUGUUUGUCUAAUUGUUGGGAUAGCAGACCAAUGCCGCCUAAAAAAAAUGUGGGGGCAGCCAAGGGUGGAAAAUCUAAAGGUGGUGACGAGGCGGAGAAGGGCAAGGGGGAGAAGAAGGGAGGAACUGCUGUCAAGGUAAGGCACAUUCUGUGUGAAAAACAGUCCAAAAUUUUGGAAGCUUUGGAGAAACUGAAGGCUGGACAGAAAUUCAAUGAAGUUGCGGCUAAUUACAGUGAAGAUAAAGCGCGCUCCGGUGGAGAUCUUGGUUGGCAGACCCGAGGAGCCAUGGUGGGGCCCUUCCAAGAUGCAGCUUUCGCCCUCCCAAUCUCCAACCUCAGCAAUCCAAUCUACACAGAUCCCCCAGUAAAAACGAAAUUUGGAUACCACAUAAUAAUGGUAGAAGGUAAAAAAUGAUUGCAAGAAAAGUCCCCAAUCUUUUGUAAAUACUUUUUUUAUUAUCAUCAUAUACAAAUAGAAUUUGUCUUUCAUCAAAGUUUUUAAAUAGAAAUAAAAGGGAAGUACUGAUUAAAAUACA